AUGCUCACCCGGGUCAAGUCCGCCGUGGCCGGAUUCAUGGGUGGGAUCGUGGCCGGGGGAAGCUCCGGCGGAGGCGGCAACCCCGGCUCCGAUCUCCAGUUGAAAUUCCCGUACAGGAGACCCGAGUUCCUCGGCCUGUCCCCGGAUGAGGUCGAGUGCUCGGCGGACCACAACUCCCGGCCCAUCCUCAUCCUGAAGGAAACCAGGAGAUUACCGUGGGCCACCGGAUACGCUGAGGUGAUCAACGCUGGCAAGAGUGCGUUAAAUGAGGACCAGGCGUGCUGCACCGUGGUCGUGGCCAGAAGGAGGCCCAUGAGCUGCUGCCCUCCUUCAACGCCCAGCAAGACGCCCACUGCCAAGAGACGCAUCUCCCUGCCCAACGGAGAGGGCCUGGGGCUCGCGGACCACAAUCCAGAGGCUGAAGGUUUGGUGUUCCACUACUGGGCCUUGUUCGAUGGUCACGCUGGUUCGGGUGCAGCCGUCGUGGCCUCCCGCCUGCUGCAGCACCACAUCGCCUGCCAGCUCCAGUCCGUGAUCGAGAUCCUGCGAAAUCAGGGGGCUCCACCUCCCACCUUGCUGGGGGAAGAGCCCGAUACCAACCCCUACCUCCAGGGAACCACCCCCGGCCCUCACCGGUCCCUGACCCGGGCCGCUUCGUUGCGAGGGGCCGCGGGGGCGCCGGGUUCUCCUUCCAACACCCCGCCACCGCCUCGCUUCUUCACGGAGAAGAAGAUCCAACACGAGAGCCUGGUGAUAGGAGCCAUAGAGAACGCAUUCAAAGAGAUGGAUGCUCAGAUCGAGAGGGAGAAGCAGGAUUACAACAUCACAGGAGGAUGCACGGCUCUCACUGUGGUUUACCUGCUGGGAAAACUCUACGUGGGGAAUGCAGGUGACAGUAGGGCUAUCAUUAUAAGAGCCAAUGAGAUCAUUCCCAUGUCCACAGAGUUCACACCAGAAUCAGAGCGACAGCGACUCCAGUUCCUGGGUUUCAUGCAGCCUCACCUGUUAGGAAAUGAGUUCACGCACCUGGAAUUUCCCCGGAGAGUUCAGAGGAAGGAGGUGGGCAAGAGGAUGCUCUACCGAGACUUCACCAUGAACGGGUGGGCUUACAAGACCAUCGAGGAUGACGACCUCAAUUUUCCACUAAUAUAUGGUGAAGGGAAAAAGGCUCGGGUGCUGGCCACGAUCGGUGUGACCCGGGGGCUCGGUGACCACGACCUCAAAGUUCACGACUCCAACAUCUACAUCAAGCCGUUCCUGUCCUGCUGCCCCGAGGUGAAGGUGUAUAACCUGACCCAGUAUGAGCACGGGGCUGAUGAUGUGCUGGUAAUGGGAACUGACGGGCUCUGGGACGUCCUCUCCAACCAGGAAGUAGCUGAGGCAGUUACGACUUUUCUGGCCAACUGUGACCCUGAUGACCUGCACAGGUACACGAUGGCCGCACAGGACCUGGUGAUGCGAGCCCGCGGGGUGCUGAGGGACCGAGGCUGGCGGAUCACCAACGAGCGCCUGGGCUCCGGGGACGACAUCACGGCCUUCAUCAUACCGCUCAUGUACGGCAAUCGUCAGGUCUGAGGAGCCCGACAGAGAUGCUGCCAUUCAAGGACCCUGAAGGGCCUGUAGGCUCCUAAACCAACUCAGUACUCAACUCAGAAUCCCCUUUCAGUUCCCCCUGUGCCGUUUGCACUUUGAUUUUCCUCCUUAGACGAAAUUCAGAUGCAACCUUUAGAUUUGUUGCUGCUUGAUUUCUCAGCUCGAGUUCAGGAUUGCGCAGCCACCAAUUUAAGUUUUAGUGUUAGAAACCACAAGACACAUGGUUAUUUUAUUGAACUUGAGUCGUAAAUCUAAAUAAAUAAUUAGUCAUCCAGGAUUGUAGUGAUUAAAAGUAGUUCCAUAGGAUGAACAUUCCCUAAACCUUCUGCAGAGAUGCGAAAUAUAAAAAUAGGCGAAUGAACCGACUGAAAAAUGAAGGAAAGACCUUUUUCUUUCUUUCCUUCUCUUACCUCUCUUCUUAUGCUGUACAAUACCCGGCUUGUCCUCUUCCUACCCUCUCUUUUCGUACCCUCCUCUUCCCCUAUACUGCACAGUCAAACUGGUUUAUUAUAAAAAGAAUACCUCCGACAUCUCCUGACUGUGGACAGAGCUGGGAGGGUCAGGUGCAUUUUCUGUUUUGCCACAGUGUGGCCGCGAAGGACCAUUUUGCUGAGGAGCCACUUAACAGGUGGAUGCAGCAGAAGAAGAAAAAGGAUGAAGACUUGAAGUUGUCGACCUUUCAGGCUAGUCUCGUGAGGAAUCUGCUUUCUUGAUGGAAUACAAGAAAACUCACUAGAGGAUUUGAACUAUGAGGAUCAGCCAGAAGAACGACGUAGUUUGAUAUGGUUGAUGGAGUUUGAUAUGAAAACUGAUCACUCAUUUAACAUGAGCACAGAAGGAACAUGUUCACUGUUUCAAGUCAUUUAAUCUGAUGUUGUGCGUAGCUUGAGGUUUAUUGCACUUGGGGAUUAGCACAUAGCUAUGACAUGGGUUAUGAAAACAUUGGUUUAACAUUUGGGGGAAUGCACUAAAUAGCUUUUUUUCCCCUAGAGUUAGAAGAGAAACUCUAGGCAAAACAAUACAAAUCAAAUUUAUUUCUAAACAGUGAGAGAUUAAAUAUUGGAUUAAAUGACUUGCCCAGCAGUGUAGUAGCACUUUAGGCCGACCCACAAUACUCGUCGAGGGGUCAUGAUACAUGUAAUGACGAGGAGGAAAAUAUUCCCUGCAGCAGGGAGGAUUUAGAUAAUCAUGAAAUACAAUUGAAAUCAAGCUGAAUCAAAGGCCCACAGAGACCAAGACAGAAUGUCCAUGUUGCCUGAACAUGUUCUGCAUGUUUCAGAAGAUUUAGACGUCAAAACAGAUCGCGUUUGUCUGGAAAGGAACAGGUUCGGGAACACUGGGGUUUUGUGUUUGGAUGUAGUGAUUCCCUGUGUGUCAGUGCAUGCAGUGAUUUAUCAUAGGCCUGGGAACAUGAGUGACGGUGCAAUGGUUUACACUGCAGUUUGUUUUAUAUGGACUGAAUUUAAAUUUCUGUAUUGUAUCGAAGCGUUAAUGGUAAUGUUAUUUGUUUGUUAAUGUGCCGUAACCAUGCAUAUAUUUAUUAGGUUGUUCGUUCCUUUGGGAAUAUUAGCAUCCCAGACAUUUAGCAUAAUAGCUUGAUGUGAUUCAUUAUAAAGGAAGAGAAUGAAAUGAAACAGAAACCCUUAUCGCCAGACAGGGAACCUAAUAGUGUUUUAUUUUAUUUUUUUACUUUUUCUCAUUUUGUUGAGUGGAGAAGCGAUUUGAUUUGUUCAGUCUCGUAACUGUCGUGGCCUCAGAAACUUACAAAUGAGCAUUCGCUCCCUUCCCUCUAUUAUUAUUCUAUAUUCAUGGAGGCUGCUCUGCUCAGCCAGAUUCACUGAGUAAGAAGCAGGACAUGAGGAGUUGCCUGGGGAAAGGAGAAACUUACACGGCAGAGGAUAACAAGUUUUGAAGAAGUUUCUUUCCAAACUCAGUUAAAAAAGAUUGACAGCAUAAAUAAAACUGCAUGUUUUAAA